CCGUUAGCUCAUUGUUAUUCAGUCCGAGAGAGUGAGCGAGGGAGAGAGAGGGCUAGUGAGGGGGAAAGAGAGGAGACAUUGUCCGGGUAGAGGGAAAGAGGUAGAAUGCACAACUGAGGUUGCAUGCGUUAAUUAUCGUUUUCUUCAGAUUACAAAUUGAAGUGGGAAUGUAAAUCUUGGGGAAUUGACCGCGAUUUUACAAUCUUUUGACCUGGCCGUGUGAGCGUGAAGGCAUGAGUUUAAUCUGGCCAACAAUGAGGAGAGGUACAGAACGGCACCAAAAAUCUGACCUCAAUUUGAGUGAAUAAGGCUUGAGAGAGAGAGAGAGAGGGGGGGAGAGGGUAAAGCGAACGAGGGCACUGAAGGGGGGAAAUUGAGAUUUAGUGCAGUGGUGGGUUCAACCAUCCACCCCCACAAACGACGGGGGAAAGUGGAAGGCUACAGCGUCCCGAGUGAAAAAAAAGUAGACAAAGCCGAACGGAGUUAUAACGAGUCGUCUUUUUCUACGAUGAUCACAGAGACGGGGUGCCAAAUCCACUACCAUAACGUCUGAUAUUACAGUCUGAGAGGCUGCUGGCAGCGCAACAGGGGAAACGCAAUGUCUCGCUCUGAUGAGGUCAACAAGAUGACUGAAAACGUAUACAAGGGGAUCCUGGACCAGUUCAAUCCCAGUCUAAAGAACUUUGUUGCCAUGGGGAAGCAUUAUGAAAAGGCCCUUGCAGGAGUGACUGUGGCUGCCAAGGGCUACUUUGAUGCACUGGUCAAACUAGGAGAACUGGCCAGCGACAGCCAGGGAUCAAAGGAACUGGGUGACACACUGUUCCAAAUGGCAGAAGUGCACAGGCAGAUCCAGGUCCAGCUGGAGGAUGUGCUGAAGCUCUUUCAUUCGGAACUCCUCACUCAGCUGGAGCAGAAGUUAGACUUGGACAUCAAAUACUUGACUGCGACACUGAAGAAGUACCAGAGCGAGAGGAAGUCUAAGGCGGAGUCCAUCGAGCGCUGCCAAUCCCAGCUGAAGAAACUGCGCAGGAAGAGUCAAGGAAGCAGACACCCCAACAAAUAUGGAGACCGAGAGAUGCAGUAUGUUGAGCUGAUGAGCAGACGACAGGGGGAGCUGGACACGCUGGUUGCCGUGGGUUACCGCUCGGCCCUGACGGAGGAGCGGCGGAGGUACUGCUUCCUAGUGGAUCGGCAGUGCGCCGUCACCAAGCUGCUCAUCAACUACCACUGUAAGGUGAGGGAGCUCCUCUCUCAGAAACUGUCAUCAUGGCAACAGUCGUGUUCUCAGCCCACAAAGCUUCCAGAGAGAGCGCUCAACCUGCUCCGCCACACCGCCCCACAGACCUCAGGGGCUUCUGGGAUAGCUGAGGUCCUCCGGCAUGCUAAGCUGGGGGCAGCACAACCAGGGGAACAGAGGCUAUCUGUGCAGGAAGUCCCGCCUUUACUCAAUGGUGAUCGCUCUCAGCAACAGCGCAUCGUCCAGUCCUCGCAGAGCGAUAGCCUGUCCCAGACUUCCCCUGGGCCCCAGAGCUUCCGAGCCCUGACCGCUGCCCUGACAGACCCUCUUCACACUUCUCCUAGCAGCAGCAAUGGCAGCACCACCACCACCAGCACCAGCAGCUCUGGAGGACCAGCCCUAUCCCAGCAUGCACCUCUGUAUGUCACCACCUCCAGCAGCUCUAGCCUGCAGUGUCCGCUGACGUCUUUGCCCCCCGUCCUGACCCUGAGCCCCGGACCUCCGUCCUCACACAGCAGCCCGAUGCAAGGCCUCACUUCCGCGCCCCACAGCCCUCCACUGCCCCACAGUGCACCUCUCUCCAGGGCCAUGACCCCCGUGCCCUCUGGGCACCCGGGCAUUGGCAGCUCUCUGCCCAUCGGUCACCCCCAGAUGAUGAAGGCCACAGAGGUGUACGCCACCUCAACACUGCCUCUACCCAGAAGACCCAUCAGUGAAGCACGAAUUGGAGGUGUGGGCUCUACUCUUCCUCGAGUGCUUCCUCUGUCUCCACCAACCCGAGUAGAGGCCCAGUUUGCCCACGCUCCUUCCACCUCUAUUGGGGGAGGACUGGGAGGAGGAGGAGGAGGUGGUGGGGGGUCGUGUCUGCUGCCCUUCCUCCCAGGAGACAUCCUCAUCCUCCUCAUCAGUGAGCCCAGGGACGGCUGGCACUAUGGCCAGAAUGAGCGGACAGGACGGAAAGGCUGGUUUCCUUUCUCUUACACUCAACCUUUCCCCAGCUCAGCAGAUCAGCAGGAGCAAAGGUGCGGAAACACCUCUCUCCUGCUGUCCAAGGUUAACAGCACCAGCACCGGGCAGCUGGACAAGCUGGAGAAGCUGAUUCCGUCCGGCCCGCUGCUGCUGAGCCCAGACUCAGAGGACGAGGGCUCGGUCUCCUCCCAGAGGGUCAGCACCUUCAGGCCCCGUCCCUACAGCAUGGUCAACCCGGACACCAACCAGCAGACUGCUGCUAAAGCGGUCCACAGACAACAGAUGGGCAGAGUAAAAGUAGAAGAUCUCAUCUGAGUUUGCCUCACCACCUCCCUCACCAACCAGGACCAACCCCUUUGCUCACAUCCGCCUCAGGAAGACGGUGACCAACGACCGCUCGGCACCCGUCAUUGAGUAGGACACGACGUGUCUAUAGAAGGAUCAGCUCGCUGGGCUUUGGAAACUGAUAAAGCAGUCAUAAAAUAAUGACUCACUAAAUGCUUGUUUGGUGACUAGGGUGCUAUCAGGUGUGCUAACAGCUUCUCACUCUACAGUCCAAUACUGGCAGUGUCUACGUUAGUGAGAAAAAAAUUGAUUGAUUUAAUGAUGAGAUGAUUUUCAUCAAAACUUUGCUAAUUUUUUAAGUUACUUUCCUAACAUUCAAAUUUCCAAUUUAGAAAAUUCCCUGGAAAUGAAAAUCAAUGAAAAUACAUUAUGGAAUAGCUAUUAGGAACCAUGUUUUAUAGUGGUUAACAAUAUUUGCUAAUAUACGCAUAAUGUCUUCAUUUUAAUAUCAACUUUCACACUGGAAUGUGCCAUAGAGAUGUCAUUCUGUUGACCUAAGCUUACUUUAGUAUGGCUGUUUCAUUAACAUGGUUGUUUCCAUGGAGGAGUAGUUUAUAAACAGGCAUUGUGCACGGAUUUGCAGCCUCUUCACGCUGUAAACGGGGUCCAGGUUCUGAGUGGAGCACUGAAUAGUCUGUCAGACUGUACAGAAUGUGCAUAGCAUAGCAUUAACGCUGGUAAACUGUUGAAAGUCUAUAUAUAUAUAUAUAUAUAUAUAUAUAUGUGUGUGUGUGUGUGUGUGUGUUUUUGCCACUUCCAUACCUGAGGCUUAUGCUCUCUGAAGUGUUGCAUAUGAAAUUUACUUGUCUUCUUUGUGUCCACUUCUUAAACAUAUAGCUCAUAAUGGGUAAAUGAUUAAUAUAAACCCUAUAAUCUUGGUGUAAAUGUAGCGUAUGUCUUUUGCUAAGGGGGACAGCAAUGGAGAUAGGAGUUGAAAUUGUAUAGCAGUCUUCAUAACCACAAAGUAUUACUGCAUAAUACAUUUGCAUCUGAAAUAUGUUCUUUGAAAUGUUUCAGCAUCAGUCGCCUAUAAUAUUAGUUUUUUCCCCUUCUUUUUAACACAUAGGGAUCUGAAUUUUUGAUUAUAGGCUAAUUUAUAGGCAAAUAAUAUCUGCUAAUUUUCUCAUGCCUUUAAGUGUUGAUUUUAAGUUCAGCAAUGAAUGAACUUAAAUGAUUAUUUGAACUACAGUUAGACAAGAGAACAUUCUUAAUGUGUCAAAAGUGGCCAACUCAAUUUUUAAAUUAAAUAUUGUCUUGUAUGGUUGAGGUACUCAGUAGCAAAGGAAGUGAGUCGAUGGAUGUGGAAAGCGGCAGUUUUAUCUGACUGGAAAGAGAUGUUUGGACAUUUUAAAUGUCUGUGGUGAUGAAAAUGAAAGCAAGAAUUAAGAUGGAUAUCACCAAUAGUCUUUAUGUUUUCCCCCACUGUCUCUGUAGUUGAAACGUAGCUUGUUUCCAGAUCACCAUCAUAAGUCAGACCUGAUAGGUUAUCAACUGUGUGGACUGAAAAGAAACUACAGACCAUAUUUCAUCUUCUGAUGUACACCUGUAUAUUGUGUGUGGCUAUCUGAAGGUAGACCAUGGUCAAAAGCUAGGGGUAAGAGGGCUAAGGCUGGAGAUGUGAUGUGACAAAUGGAAUGGAAAGUGUGGAGUGUUCUGGAAUGUUGAAAAGUGUAGGAGUAAGUGUUUAAGGCUAAGUAGAGUUUAGAUUAGAUUCCUUCAUUGAUAUUUAGCCACUUUGUGUUGUAUCUACCCUUCAUUAUCAGUGUUUUCCUCUCCUAUCCAAUCAAGGAAAGCUGUGUAAGAUUCAUGAGGGAGAUAAAUUAACUGUUUAACAGUGUAUUGUGCAAGGCUUCUCAGCAGGUUAAGAGUUCAUAUGAGUGAAAUUUACAAUCCGUCCCCUUGAUUUUGAAGGAACAACUGCUGAGACUUAUAUAUGUACCGUUUAUUUCCCAUUUUCUUUUGGAUGGGCAUCCACUGUGCAUAUAUUGCUAUAGGUAAUUUUAUUUCAAAUCAGAAAGUAAGACAACAAAUGUUUAAAUAUUAGGCUUGUGCAUUGAAACUGAUCUAACACUAUUACGCAGACAUGGUGACAUUAUUAAAACUGAUAAUGUAAAAGAUAAUUUUGCCCUAAGAGUCAACAUCGUCAUCGAUAUAACUAUAAGUAUCAGAGCUAGAAGUCAUUUCUAAGUUAUUAUUUAACUUAGAACCAACCUUUCAUUGCCUCUACUAUGAAAACAUUGUGCGUUGUUUGCUGUGUUUAUGCCAAGAUAUUGAUUUGGACACAGACAACUUUUAUCAUGCAUUGUGUUGUCAAGGUCAAUAGAUUUUUUUUUAUUAUUUCCUGUCUUUCAACUUGGGCAGAUGAAGUUUCUGGAGGAUAGUUUAAAAGAUGGGCUAUAUAAAUGUUGACAAAUAUGCUAAAUUGCUAACAGGGCAUUUAAUUAAAAUAAGCAUUACAAAGAAAUGGCUUAUUUUAACUUGCAGCAUCCAUUUGAGCCUCCACUUUAUAAAGAAAAUCCUGAGCUGCAGAUUCAAAGGAAAUCUACCAAGAAAGAAUAUAAAACAAGAGGAGUUUUACCGGAGCAACACAGAUGUAUAAACUUCAGAUUUUAUUUAAAGUGC